AUGAGGAUUUACUCUCUUAACGGCACCAUAUCCACUGCGGAUCAAACCCCUAAAGUUUUCAUCCAAUUUCUUGGCUAUAAAAAGGUGAGACAAGGGUGUGUCCCUUCACAUCCUUUGCUUGUCAAGAGAGAAAAAUAUGUGUGGUCGACGACAUUGAUCUACAUGGGCGAGUAUCCGAAGAGCAUGGAAUUCACAGAAUCACUUCACACCAGUGUGGUUCAAAAAGUCCUCGGCAGCAAAUUUGCACCAGAUAUUUUGCUGUACAGCUACAAGAGUUUCAAUGGAUUUGUGGCGAGGCUAACAAAAAAAGAAUCAGCAAGAAUGAAAGGAAUGCAUGGUGUGGUUUCUAUCAUACCAAAUAGAGUCCAUAAUAUCCAAACAUCAAGGUCCUGGGACUUCAUUGGCUUCCCUGAAAAUGUCCCAAGAACGAACAUAGAAAGUAACACAAUCGUUGGAGUCAUUGAUUCUGGAAUUUGGACUAAUACCUAUAGCUUUAUAGACACAGGAUUUGGUCCACCACCACAGAAAUGGAAGGGAACAUGCUACAACUUCACUUGCAAUAACAAAAUAAUUGGAGCAAAAUAUUUUCGCAUUGGAGGUGUGUUCUCCAGUGAGGACAUCAUAUCUCCGACGGAUACGAGUGGUCACGGGUCUCACUGUGCAUCCACUGCUGCUGGAAUUCAUGUUAGGAAUGCAAAUCUGUUUGGGCUUGGCUUAGGAACAGCCAGAGGAGGAGCUCCAUUAGCCCGCAUUGCUGUGUAUAAAGUUUGUUGGACAAGGGGUUGUAAUGGUGCUGACAUUCUUGCAGCAUUUGAUGAAGCCAUUGUCGAUGGAGUUGACAUUCUUUCUGCUUCAUUGGGACCUACAGUCGUCGUACACGCCCCAUAUUUUCAAGAUGUAUUUGCAAUAGGAGCUUUCCAUGCAAUGAAGAGAGGCAUAUUAACUUCUAAAUCUGCAGACAAUUUGGGUCCAAACCCUUUCACAAUGUCAAAUGUUGCACCCUGGUUCAUUUCUGUGGCUGCCACCACCAUAGACAGAAAAUUUUUCACCACUCUCCAACUGGGCAAUGGCCAGAUCUUCCAGGGAGUUUCAGUAAAUACAUUUACUCCAACACAGAGAGGUUAUCAUUUAAUUUAUGGUGGAGAUGCACCCGCUGCUGGACAUGAUAGUUCCACAUCCAGGUUUUGCCGUGAAAAUUCUUUGAAUGGAGCUCUGGUGAGUGGGAAAAUUGUUUUAUGCGAUGGCUAUUCUCAUUCUUCACGUGUGGGAUUUGCUUCUGGGGCUGCUGGACUUAUAUUCAGAAGUACAUUGCCUUUAGUUGUGGCCGAUAUAUUUGCAUUGCCAGCAGUUCACAUUACUGCAAGUGACGGGAACCUCGUUUAUUCUUAUAUAAAGUCAACAAGCACUCCAGCGGCUAUCAUAUAUAGGAGUCAUGAGGGAAAAGAUCCAUUAGCCCCUUUCGUGCCUCGUUUCUCGUCAAGAGGUCCAAAUAAGGUCACUCCAGACAUUCUUAAGCCUGAUAUAGCAGCUCCAGGAGUUGACAUUCUGGCUGCAUGGUCUCCAAUUUCUCCUAUUUCUAGUGUUAAAGGAGAAACUAGAAUAUCGAACUUCAGUAUCAUAUCUGGAACUUCAAUGGCAUGCCCUCAUGUUACUGCAGCAGCUGUUUACGUCAAAUCAUUUCAUCCCAACUGGUCUCCUGCUGUACUUAAAUCCGCAUUGAUGACAACUGGCGUGAAAAAUGUAGGAGAAAUGGGCUUAAAUAUUUCUGUUGGGAAAACCUUAUGCAUUGCCAAUUUUGAUCUUUUAUUAUUUACAGCUACCCCUCUGAGUUCUGCACUUAAUACGGACGCUGAAUUUGCUUAUGGUGCGGGGCAAAUCAAUCCUGUCAAGGCCAUAACUCCUGGACUGGUCUAUGAUGCUGACCAAUAUGAUUAUGUUAAGUUUCUGUGUGGACAAGGUUAUAGUUCAUCGUUGCUUCAAAUAAUUACAGGAGAUAAUAGCACUUGUACAGCAGCAAAUAUAGGAUCUGUUUUCAACCUGAAUCUCCCAUCUUUUGCUCUAGCUACAGCUCGCAAUAGCCAUACCAGUGUCACUUUUGGUAGAACUGUUACAAAUGUGGGAUCGGCUACAUCCAGAUAUAGGGCCAUAAUAAGUACACAUCCAUCUUCUUUAAACAUCCAAGUAGUGCCAGAUGUUUUGGUCUUCUCAUCUUUGGGUCAGAAGCUGUCCUUCACCCUUAAGAUUGAAGGAAGCAUCAAUGCAGACAUAGUUUCUUCGUCUUUGAUUUGGGAUGAUGGCACUUUUCAGGCUAGGAGCCCCAUUGUUGUUUAUGUUUCAUAA